AUGAUCUCGCCGAAACACGCUUCCCGUCGUGCCUCGUCUCCUCCGCCUUCAUGCAAGCCAGACCUGGAGGCGCAUGCGUUUGCCGAGUGCGCUGCGUCAACAGCCGGCAGCUCGCUGGAAGCCGGGCCUCGCAGCAGGGAGCUAACCAGCCGCUCAACUAGCUAUGAAUAUCCUGUUUUUGAAGAGACGACGAACCUGCGCGCUGCGGACGCGCUGAGCCACGCUGGAAUCGCGAAGAAGGAAGCCAUGCAACUCAAAAAUGGAGAUGGCGCGCGGCCGCCGCCAAGCAGAGACGCCCAGAGGCGAGGACUGCCUCGGGUAAAUACGGAGAAACGGAAUGGCGCCCUAACACGGGACCCGAGCCGCUUAGACACCCAACGCAGCGACUCGCGAGGGAGGAAGCGGAACGCAGCCGACGCAGACCAGGAGCAAACGAACGACGAAUCGAAGAGAGAGAUGCGGCAGAGGGAGCAUGCGAAGCGAGGAUCUCACGGGCGAGCCAGAGAGAACCCAAGGGAAGGCGUCGCCAAGGGGCGCGGAGAGAACGAAGGCGACCAUCUGAGGAAGCAAGUGGCUGGGGUCAAGGUGAGCAAAUCAGACAGACAGAGUGGGGGAAGUUCCCCGUCCUCGCUCGCCGCGCUUCGGCCGAAACACGCCACGAAGAGUCGCGAUCAUGAAGCCGCCCAAGCCUCCUUUCGUCGCGGCAGAAACAGGAAAGAAGGGCAUACAGAGGACGACGCGACUCCUGAAGCGGCGCGCAAGAGGGAGUUGAAGAAGCUGAACAGGCGCCGUUCUCAAGUCAGAACGCAGGAAGAGGAGGACGAUGAAGAAGACGACGGCUCGGAUUCAAGCCCCGACACGGAGCCGAUUGUCUUCCCGCGCCGGCAACAACCUUUGCGGUAUUUUCGUGCGUCUAAGUAUCAAGCUCUGCUGGAGGAGGCGAAGAAGAAAGGCCAAACGAAGAAGCGCUCGUCCGCGCUGCAGGGGGAUUUGCUCUCUUUGUACGGCGGAGUUGACAUGUGGGAGUCGAGUGAAGAAGACGACGACUGGAGCCCAGAGAAGGUCUACGGGCGCGAUCAGGCGAGGAGACUGCUGCGAAACAAACAGAGUGAGAGCAGCUCGGAUGAAGAAGACGACGAUGAGAAUGACGACGCCUCGGGCGCCUCAGAAAACGAGACGGCGGAGAACUCUGAGGACGACACAGACCCUCGAGUCGGGAGAGCAGAACGAGGCGAGGAGAAAAAGAGAAGGCCCGCUGGCAGCGGAGGAGAGACCCGGGAGCUGAUGCACAUCAGGGAAUCCCCGCGCUCGCGGCCGAGGCAAAUGAACACCAGGAAGGGCAGCGCUCCCUGCAAAGGAAGCGACGGAGGGACGAAGAGCGUCGACGGGCGAGGUGACGUUGCAGAAGGAGACGAGACCGAAGAACCAGCAAAGGCAGCAUAUGUGAAAACGAAGUCAAAAACUCAAGCGGCAGAUGCCGAUCAACUCCCGCGGCGCAGACAACGAAAGGCACGGAAACUCGACAACCAGUGA